AUGAUGGAACCCUCUGAAGACUCAUUUGAGACGAUGAUGGAGCUUAAGAAUCCAUCAUCAAAACAAAUGGAGUCCUCCGAGGGCUCAUCCAACACCGUUGAGGAGACACCAGGAAGCAGCGGGGCACAGGCGCAGGCAGGGGCGGGCUCAGACAGUGGCCCAGUCCAGGAGGGAGAAGAGCCCCCCAGUGGCCCAGUCCAGGAGGGAGAAGAGCCACCCAGUGGCCCUGUCCAGGAGGGAGAAGAGCCACCCAGUGGCCCUGUCCAGGAGGGAGAAGAGCCACCCAGUGGCCCUGUCCAGGAAGGAGAAGAACCACCCAGUGGCCCCAUCCAGGAGGGAGGAGAGCCAUUCAGUGGCCCCGUCGAGGAGGGAGAAGAACCACCCAGUGGCCCUGUCCAGGUGGGAGAAGAACCAUUCAGUGGCCCUGUCGAGGAGGGAGAAGAACCACCCAAUGGCCCUGUCCAGGAGGGAGAAGAGCCACCCAGUGGCCCUGUCCAGGAAGGAGAAGAACCACCCAGUGGCCACAUCCAGAAGGGAGGAGAGCCAUUCAGUGGCCCCGUCGAGGAGGGAGAAGAACCACCCAGUGGCCCUGUCCAGGAGGGAGAAGAGCCACCCAGUGGCCCUGUCCAGGAAGGAGAAGAACCACCCAGUGGCCCCAUCCAGGAGGGAGAAGAGCCAUUCAGUGGCCCCGUCGAGGAGGGAGAAGAGCCACCCAGUAGCCCUGUCCAGGAGGGAGAAGAGCCAUUCAGUGGCCCUGUCGAGGAGGGAGAAGAACCACCCAGUGGCCCCAUCAAGGAGGGAGAAGAGCCCCCCAGUGGCCCCGUUGAGGAGGGAGAAGAGCCCCCCAGUGGCCCCGUUGAGGAAAUGCAAGAGCUGUCCACUGAAACGGAGUCGUCAUUCAGUGACUCAUAUGAGGAAAGCGAGGAUUCAUACAGUGACCAAGACCUGGAGGGGACCUACUACAGUUCAGAUCCACUCAGUGGGGCUACCGAUGGCAUAGAUUCCAUGUCAGGCAACUAUUAUGGGACCCAGCUAGAUGACGACACUGACCUGGAAAGUGGGGAGCUGGACAGCGAGGCUCAGUCCAGGAGCUCUCCCGAGGAAGUCGUGGCCACUAUGGGGACCAUCAUCUCCAUGUUCCUCCGAAUGCAAGAUGUCAGACAACAGCAGAUAGUGACGGAGGAGAUUUUGACGCAAGCCAUCGAGGAUGGCCAGCUGCCAACCAUCAGGCGCUUCUCUGGAGAUCGAAGAGAUUACCAUGAGUUCAUUGUGCUCUGCCAGAUGACCAUGCAGAGCCACGCAUCAAUGUUCUCCAAUGACUUCCUGCGAGUUAAGUUUGUCAUGCGCCAUAUGUCUGGCCUAGCCUUGGAGUGGGCCAACGCCCUGGUAGAGCAGAACAGCCCCCUGAUAAAUGACUUCGCGGGCUUCCUGGAAGCCAUGUCAGAAAAGUUCGAGUACCGGCAGACGCUACGUGUGGCAGAAGACGCCAUGUUCAAAAUCAGGCAGGGACACCGCAGCGUCGCCGAUUACAUCAAUGAGUUCCAGAGUCUGAUACCCACCUUGGGCUGGCCAGAUGAAGUCCUGCAGGCCCACCUGUGCCAUGGGCUCAAUGAAGACAUCAGGCACUAUCUGUUCAGGAUCCCUCAGCCGGAUUCCCUGGAGAACCUGAUGGUGGUUGUCCUGCAAAUUGAAGAAAAGCUGGCAGAGAGGAGAGCAGUGCUCAGGCUGCCCCCGGAGGCCCGCCCAAGGAACAUGACCUGGAUCGACUCACCUGCCCCAGAGAAGUGGCGGGUAAGCAGCUGGCUGUCCCAUACGUACCAUCCAGAUAUCGACCGUGCCCACAUCUUCCUGCUGCUCAUGGUGAGGGUAAGCCCCUACCACAGUGUCGCAGUACAGGCUCUGGUGGACUCUGGAGCAGAAGGGAACUACAUGGAUGAGAGGUUUGCCCAAGAGCACUACGUGGAGCUCUACGAGAAACCCUAUCCACAGGCAAUCCAAACCGUGGAUGGCUCCCUGAUUGGCAAUGAACCCAUCUGGCUGUACACUGAACCCCUGAUGUGCAUCCAACAGAACCAUUAUGAGUACAUUGAAUUUGACAUCGUACCUUCGCCCCACUUCUCUGUGGUCUUAGGCAUCAAGUGGCUCCGAACCCACGCACCUGACGUUGACUGGACCAGAGGCCGUUGCACCUUCCACUCUCCCUACUGCCUGAAGAAUUGCUUCCACCCACCCGCACCAUGCAUCGCACUGGAGAAAUACAGCAUGAGCCUGCUACCCGGAUUGCCGCACCCGUACUCAGACCUGGCCGACGUGUUUAACCCGAGGGAAGCAGAUGAUGAGACUUCCGACCAGCCAAGCUCAGACGGAUCCGAUGAUCUUUCUGAAUCAGAGCCCUCUGAGCUUCAGCAGGCUGGAGACAGUGAUCGAAACGACGUCUUUUAUGAGUGUCCUUCCAGGGUGCCUUGGGUAUCUGUGGCAGCCAGGAUGCAAGAAAAAGCCAGGCAGCAAGAGGAAUACUGGAUUUUGUGCGACAUGCUGAUGGAAAGACAGGACUACAUACAGAUGAUGCCAGAACUCUUUGACCAAUUACAUGGAGCUGCAUGGUUCACAAAACUGGAGCUGCGUAGGGACAUUCAGGGAACCGAUGAGACCUACAGCGUCUCACGCACAGAGGACACAUGGAGAGCAACAUUUGGUUUGACCGUUCACCAGAUGAGAUGCUACCGGCCCUUCACAAUGUGCUCUUUUGCCGACGAAUCUGAUAAUGAGAUUCACUUUAUCCUAAAAGACAUCCUAGGCUUCUACGUGAUUUGCCGUGGCAAAGAAGUCCUGAUCUACUCAAUGACCCAGGAGGAGCACUUCGAGCAUGUCCGCCAAGUUCUGCUUCGCUUUCGCUAUAACAGAGUCUACUGCUCACUGGACAAAAGCCAGUUCCAUCGCCACACUGCAGAAAUCAUGGGCUUCGCACUAUCCCCCAAAGGGGUGAAACUCAACAAGACCCUCAUGAAUCUCAUUACAGGGUGCCCUGUCCCUGGCAACAGGAGGUGCCUGCAAGCCGUUAUCGAACUCAUGUAUCCCUACCGCCACUUCGUGGAGCACUUCGCCGUCAUCGCAGAUCCCCUGGUGAGGCAGCUGCUAAGUUCCCAGCCCUUCUACUGGGGAGAAGAGGAGCAGGAGGCUUUCGAAUGCCUGAAGAGGGCCUUCCGCAAGGCUCCCAUCCUCUACCACCCCAAGCCUCACAACCCAUUCUACUUGGAAACAGGCAUCACUGGGACAUUCCUGUAUGCCUCCCUGAUCCAAACUGAUGAAGAAACUGGCAAGAAAGCUACCUGCGCUUUCUACUCACGAAAACUCUCCCCAAUGGAGGUGGAUUACCCUCAAGUGGAGAUGAGGAUCCUUCCGAUUCGGGCUUCCUUCAUGGUGUGGUGCCGCUACCUGGAGAACACCGAGGAGCCCAUCAUGAUCCUUCUCAACACAGAGGAUCUAGCCUCUCUGAAUAAUGACAGGCUCACCGUACUUCUCCCCGGGCAUUGGGUCUUCUUCUUCUCUCACUUCCAUUUUGAUGUAAUGGAGUUGCCUGAUCAAGACGACACCCGAGCCCUGUCCCAUAGGAGAAGUCGAAAUCAGAGAGGCUCCAGGGGCAGGUAUCUGCGGCCACUGCUGCUGCUUGCCUUGAGGAGAGGUCAAAGGGUCUCAUCCUCUGAGUCCGAGUCCGAGGACAGUGAAGAUGAGUCAGAUCAAGAGUCAGCGGAGUUGAAUCGGCAGAGCCUGGUGCAGGAGCUACUGUCCACCAUCCCGAUAGAGCAGAUCCUCAACAGCUUUCUGGCCCACUUGAAUAUGGCCCAGGUCCGGGCCUUCGUCCUCAACUUCUUCUAUUGCCUGCUCCGCUGGAAGAGUGUCGUGAGUGUGGCAGCUCUCCUGGUGAUAAUGAGGGUGAAGCAGCAACAAGUCUCUCCUCUGCCUGCCCCGUCUCUGGAGGUGGACUAUCCUCCGCCCCGACACACACUCCGACUCAUCCUGGACUCGAGCCUCAUUGCAGGUAGCGGUAUGGUCACAGCUCUCAUUCAGUUGUUCAACCAGAUGCCCCCUCUUCUGGGUGGCCACAGCAUUCCAGCUCGACAGUUGGCGGAAAUGUUCCUGUGGCCCAGGUGCUGGCAGCGGAAUGCUCUGCAUUCCCAGCCCCCACGGGGCCUGCGAUUCACCCCUGGGUUCUGGUUCACCCUGUGUCAGUUCUUCGGGAUCAGAGCCAACCCAGAGGAUGACGUCUUCCCUGCCCCGCACGAGCGCCGAUACUUGGAGCUGCACGUCGUUGGUGAUGAAGAUGUCGUCUUGCGAGAAGCCCUGCAAGACGACCUGCAACGUUACCGUCAGUGUGGCCUGCAUGACGGCCUGCAAGACACCUCGCAGGACGCGCAGGACAACGACGUGCAAGAAGCCCUGCUUGGCGACCAAGAAGCGGUCACCUUCCGCCCACGAGAUCUGUUGGACCCAGAGGUCCUAGAUUUCCUCAGCAACCGCCUACUCUACAUUCUGGGUGCCGAUGGCCGACUUACUCUGAUCAGCAGAGAUGAAGUGGCCCAGGCCCUCACACGAUUCCUGAUCAUGGCCUCCAGAAUAAGACCGCCUCCUCCACCCAGCAACACACUAUCUUCAUCAGAUGAUGAACUUGACUGA